AUGCCUGUCAAACUGCCGGAGAUUGAGAGUUUUUCACAAUUUUUCCAAGGGCGCCAUAAAUUUGCCGAACUUCUGCCGCCGUCGAUCGAGGAGAUUUACGCGUGGUCGAGUUCGUUGGAACUGUCGUCGAACAAUUUGCCGCUGCCGUUUAUCUCGAAUAAUGAUGAGGUCGUUUGGUCGUACAUCAAGCAUCAGCAAAAACAGUUGGAUGCGUUUGGCAGAAAAUUCAAGGGCGCUCUUGAUGACCUAGUUGGAAAGGAGCAUAUCAAAAUCUCCGAAAAAUCCGACACAAACGACAAUGACGAUUUUGACGAGGAAGAUGUUGAAGAUGAGGAAAUGAGCGAGAUCGAGGAUGAAGAUGGGGAAGACGAGGAAAAUGUUGAUUUAUUCAAUUUGAAAGAAGAAGACUUGAAGGACUUGGAUCGGGAGCUGGAGGAGAUGGAGAAUGAUGAUGAUAAUGACGACGAGGAGCAAUCUGCGUCGUCUUCGAAGAAUCCGAAGAAAUAUCCGAAAAGUGUUGUUGAUGAUGAAUUCUUCAAUCUUGCUGAAAUGAAUGAUUUCAUUUUGAAAUCUGAACGCGGUGGAGGAUCUGAAGGGCCGAAUUUGAUGUUCGACGAGGAAGAUAAAUGGGAUGGCAAGACAACGUAUACUUAUGAAGAUUUCUUCGGAUCGCGAGAAGAUGUUGACGAUAAGAGCGAGGAAAAGUCGAGGAAAAAGCGAAAAGCCGUCGAGAGUGAUGAUGGAAAACAAAAGAAGAGGGUUCGAUUUGCCAUGGAUCAUGAGAAUGAAGAGGAUAGCGAUGAAGAGUUGGAUGACGAAGAAGAUGAGGAUAUUUCGGAUAAGCCAGUUCUUCUUGGUGCUGAGUUGGAACCGGAGCAAGAGCAGUCUGCAUUCGCUCAAAGGCAGAAAAAGCUGAAAGAGAGGAUCAAGAAGCUUGAAGAAGAAAAUCUUGCACCUCGCUCAUGGGAGCUUAGCGGAGAAGUUGCUGCGGAUCAACGAGAAUCGAAUACUCUUCUCGAGCAUCACGUCGAUUUUGAUCAUGGCGCAAAACGAGCUCCAGAAGUCACCGAAGAGUUCACCGAUAAGCUCGAAGAGCUCAUCAAGCAGCGCAUUCGCGACAAAGCGUUUGAUGAUGUUGUGAGAGUGAAGAAGAUUGAAGAGAAAGGGCCACGGUUUGAGACGCAGGCUCUUGAAGAUAUUCACAAUCAGAAGACGUCGCUUGCCGAAGUUUAUGAGAAGGAAUACCAGAAGAGCACGGGGGCCGACACUGGAGAAAAGAAUGUGGUGAAUGAAGCACAUGAGACAAUUAAGACGAAGAUGAAUGAUUUAUUCAGACUUAUUGACUCACUUACUCACUUCGAGUACAAACCAUUGGAGGCUCGCGAAGAGAUCAAAGUUGUUAAUAAUAUGGCUUCUCUUAAAGUUGAAGAAGUCGGCGCAAUGGCUUCAUCGGAAGCUCAACUCAUUGCUCCUGAAGAGGUGGCGAAGCGAGUUAAAGGAACGAUCAAGGCCGAUGAGGAGAAAGACAAGACGGACAAAUUGAGGGAACGACGAAAGAAGAAGGCGAAACAACGUGCUCUUCUUGAGAAAUUCGGAGAGGAGAAGACGUUCGGCGAGCAGAAGGCGCUGAAAUUGAAGAAAAAAAUGGCGAAGGAAAAAGAUAGUGGAAAAUCGGAAAAGGUAAAGAGCAGCAAUUUCUUCGCAAAACUGCAGGAGACGAUGGAGAAUGAGAAGAAAUCGGGCGGAAAAACGAAAAAGAAGGCUCGAUUGCAUCAACAGUUGAACGACCUCCAGCAGCAAUUUCGCACGGGGCAAAUCAGCCGCCAUGAGAUGGCUGUGCGUUAUCCGCAGCUGAAUAAUCAGGUUCAACAGUACAUGCACAUGCAAGCAGAAGCUGCGCGGAACGGGAUGAUGCAGCCGAAAACUGCGAAAGAGAAAAAGUUGACGUCGACAGAUAUUCGUCGGAACGCAGCAGCGGCUGCCCGCGAGAUGGAGAUGUUGAAGAAUCACAACAUGUCGACAUCGAUGCCAUAUCCGCAAGGUCAAACUCCGGCGUCAACUCAACAUGGAAUUCAACAACGGAUGCCAAUGAAUAAUGCUUAUCCCGGAAUGGGACAACCCUAUCGACAAAUGGGGGCCUCGUACGGCAACAUUGGGCAGCCUCCUCAACAAAUUGGCGUUGGGAUGAUGCACAAUCAGCAGAUGAUGCCUCAAUAUGGAGCCGCGUCGGUGGCACCUUCAAUGCAUCAGAUUAUGCAGCAACAACAUCAACAGCAACAACAUCAACAGCAACAACAUCAACAGCAGCAGCAGCAGCAGCAGUACAUGAUGAAUCGAAUGCAGCCGACACCGCAGCCGAAUAUGCACUACCCGCAACCGUCGCCGCAAUUUCAUCAGCCCCCUUCUGUGGAUAUAAUGGCUCGUGGCCCGCAAUCGAUUUGCCAACCUUUCAGCAAUCAAGGUCCGGGAAGCAAUCAGCCGGAUAGCUCCGAGAAAACUCCGGAAUAUAUGGAGCUGCUGAAUGAGUACAAAAAGAAUUUUCUCGAGCGACUCACGCGGAUAGAGGAAAGAUGCGAGCGGGAUCGAUGCGCGAGACCGAAGGGCUUUCAGCAACUCAUGGAUGUACUGGCGGAACGAAGAGUGAUCACUUAUGAUCAUCUUGUUCGACUGAAAAGUGGUUUGGUGCUACUGAUUGCUCAUGAUUGUGUUACUUGGCCGCUCAUGGAAGACUUGAGAAAAUUGAUGCUCACGCGCGAGCAGCGCGCAAAAGACAAUGAGGAACUCGAGAAACGAUUCGAGGACUGUGGCAAGGGCACCGAAGGACCGCCGGAUUUAUUCGUUGCUGAAAGUGAUGUUUCAAUCGGCCACUUUCGGAAUCUUGACGAUGGCAUCGAAGUAAUGCGAGCAUGGGUUGAGCGCGAAGAGCAGGAAUGUAUGAAUGUUGGAGAUCCGUGGAAGAAAGUUCGGCAUUUGUCGAUUAAAGUGCCGGAGAGAGUUCGUCGAGCGAUCGCUGAAGGCGUCAACGCGCGAUCAACGUCAUCAUCGCCGAUUCGAAAACGCAAGUCGGGUGAGCCGAGUGAAGUGCCGGCGAAGCGACAAUGCGCUGGUGCCGAGAAGAAUUUCAUGUUUUUGAUUGGUUGCACGAUUGACCCGCAAAAGAAAUGGAAUAUGCCGAGAUCUGCUAUGAAAGAAUUGGACAACAUUCCGAAUUGGACGGCGGAACCGUCUGGAUCUCCGAUCUGCAAAGAGGCUUCACAUGCUAUUAUUGCGAUAUAUUCCUCGCAGAUCAUGUGUCCUCCUAUUCGAAUUGCGGUGCCGUCAAAUUACCCGGAAAAGCCGGCAUAUGUGCUUCAUGAUGAUAAUUUCGCGGGAAAAUCAACGCAAACUAAUGUGAUAAUGGAGCAGUUGUUUGAAAAAUGGGCGUCACUCCGAACGUCGGCGCAAUCGAUAACGGAGAUCUACGAGGCGUUCGAGGCAGCGUGUAAAGAAUAUAUGUGUCUCCAGCAAACAGCGGCUGCGUCGCGACACUUUAGUUCGCGAUUCUCGGCUAGUGGCGAUCUCGCGCAAGCCACGGCGAGCUCAGCGGUCGAAACUUCAAAAAUUGCCCAUAAAGGAAUGGUCGCGUGA